AUGACGAAAAUAACAGAUGCAGCAACGAGACAGGCAGUUCAAAGUGCCUAUGACGCCGUUAGAGCAACUGUUGUGAAAAGUCAAGAAAAAGAGUUACAACAGACCAAAACAGACCUAGUAAAUGCUUUCUUAAGAACGAAAAGUCAGGUAGGACAUUACGCUGCAGAUGGAACAUAUGUGCCAGCUGGUGGAACUUAUAUACCACCAAACCCUCCAAGAGAAGCACCUGCACCAGGACUACCUAAAACAUUUACAUCGUCACAUGGACACAGACACAGGCAUGCACCAAAACCAACACAACAACCAACAGUUCAAAACCCUGCACAACAACAACAACAACAACAACCAACACAACAACCAACAGUUCAAAAUCCAGCACAACCAACAGUUCAAAACCCUGCACAACAACAACCACAAACAGAGCAAGGACAUAAAAGAAGUAGAGAACAAGGAAACCAAGAAUUCUUAAAAAUGCUUAAAGAAGAGUGUGGUUUCCCAGAUACUGUUGACUUUAGUGACAGAUAUAAAGAAGCUAUUAGAAAGUUCAAGGAUGGAAAUACUGACCCGAACCUAUUUAGCUUUAUGGCUCAGCACCAAAACGGAUAUAAUCUCAAACCUGGAAAAUACAAGCUCGCUAAGGGAUAUGAUUUAAUAGCAUAUCAUCCAAAUGACAUGGAUGAAUUUACUCCGAGAUAUUUGAUGUCAGAGCUAAAUGACAAUUCAACUUUCGUCAUGAAACGCGUAAAAAAUAGAGACGGAACGAAAGAACAAAAGCUUAUGAAUGCGGAUGACGUAGAUAGGGAAAUUGUUGAAAACGGUCUCGGAAUAUAUGAAAUGCCAGCAGAUGAGGUACAAGAAACUCCACAGGAAGAACUAGUUCAGAUACAACCAGACAUGGAAGAAAUAGUUCAGCAACAACAGCUAGAAGAGCCUGAAGGAAACGAACAAGUCACUCCUUUGGAAACUAACUUCACAGAACUAGAUGAAGAUUUGGAACAGCCGAAAAAUCUUGACCCUCAACAAGAGUAUGCGGAGAAUAUGGAAUAUUUCCAAGAGUCUAAAAAAAAUUCGGCUGACAUAGUAGAAGAAUAUCGAAAAAUGUUUGCCGACAUACAAAAGACUCCAACACCAGAUGAAAAUAUUCAGCAUAGAAUGAAAACUGAAAAAAAUGUACACAAAUACAACAACCCUUUUUACUUACGAGCAUUUAACGUUCAAUCUUCGGAUGAACUCGGUGAAGAUAAAAGGUUAAAUUUCAAGAAAACAUAUAGAAAUGAAACAUUGUUUAAAGUUCAUUCAGAACCUAACCAAGAUGGAAACAAACCUACUUUUGUUUCUGCAGACGAUGGAACUACAAUGAGAUGGGGUCAUAAAGCUAAUCCAGAUAG